AUGUUUGUAUGCAGUGCUCCGAUCAACCACAAGGGGCAGUAUAGAGAUGGAAACGUGCUGGAGAAGGGAGAAAGCAGACCUUUGGAUGAAGUCUUCCAUAGUUUUCAUUCUUUCUUGGAUCUAUUCGAGGGAGCCGAUCACUGGGGAUCUGAGGCAUUCAUUUCCCCGUCCCCCUUUCUUCUCAGGUGCUUCAAGGACUUCCAGUUGCAGCGGGCCAACAAGAUGGAGCUGCGAAAACAACCCGAGGACGUCGGCGUGGUGCGCCGGACCGAGUUCUACUUCGCCCAGGCCCGGUGGCGGCUGACCGAGGAGGACGGCCAGCUAGGCAUCGCCGAACUGGAGCUGCAGCGCUUCCUCUAUAGCAAGGUGAACAAAUCGGAUGAUACGGCCGAGCAUCUUCUCGAAUUGGGUUGGGUCACCAUGAACAAUCUCCUCCCCAAUGCCGUCUAUAAGGUAGUCCUCCGGCCACAGAGCGCCUGCCAAUCCGGCCGCCAACUGGCCUUGCGGAUCUUCAGCAAAGUCCGGCCACCGGUGGGCGGCAUCUCCAUCAAAGAACACUUCGAGGUCAACGUGGUGCCCCUCACCAUCCAGCUGACCCACCAGUUCUUCCACCGCAUGAUGGGCUUCUUCUUCCCCGGCCGUAAUGUGGAGGAGGAGGAAGUCGGGGACGAAGAGGACAAGUCCAAGCUAGUGACCACAGGGAUGCCAGUGGUCAAGCCGCGGCAACUGAUGGUCUCCGAUGAUUCACUGGGUCCAGGGAAAGGCAUGUCCCAAGGCCUGAACCGGACGUCGGGUGUCCGGCGGUCACUACGGAAGCCCCCCGAAUACCCAGUGGACGACAUUGACAAGAUGAAGGAGCGGGCCGCCAUGAACAACUCCUUCAUCUACAUCAAGAUCCCGCAAGUGCCGCUCUGCGUCAGCUACAAGGGAGAGAAGAACAGCGUCGACUGGGGAGACCUCAACCUGGUGCUUCCGUGCCUCGAAUACCACAACAACACAUGGACCUGGCUGGACUUCGCCAUGGCGGUCAAGCGAGACAGCCGCAAGGCCUUGGUGGCCCAGGUCAUCAAAGAGAAGCUGCGGCUCAAGCCGGCGUCCGGCACUGACCUGCGGGGCAAACCGGACACCAAACUCGAGGGCCACGUCCAGCAGCAGGAGGAAGACGAGAAGGCCCGGCUCCUGAUCGGCCUGAGCGUCGGCGACAAGAACCCCGGAAAGAAGUCCAUUUUCGGCCGGCGCAAAUGAACGAUGGGGGGGGGGGGGG